UUGUCUUAAACACCAUUGAUCAGAGCUAAUUACUCUAGCUAUGUUCAUGGAGUCCUUUAUUAGCCUUUACAAUCAAGCAAGGGCAUAUGUGCUUGUAAUUUUCGUGCAAUUUGGCUACUCAGUAAUGUCUAUACUUGCCAAGCUCGCUUUGAAUCUUGGGAUGAAGCCACACGUACUAGUAGCCUACAGAAUGGCCGUUGCCUCUGUUCUCCUUACUCCAUUUGCUUUUGUCUUAGAAAGAAAUUCAAGGCCAAAGAUGACUUUUUGGAUGUUCGCCAAGAUAACAUUACUGAGCUUUUUCGAGCCAGUGCUAGACCAGAACUUGUUCUACGCUGGGAUGAAAAUUACCACACCAGCUUUCGUGCUUGCAAUGUGCAAUAUUCUUCCGGCAAUGACAUUUGUUAUGGCUUGCAUCUUCAAGCUUGAGAAGGUGGAUAUGAGGAGGCUACACUUCCAGGCAAAGGUGGCUGGAACACUGGUAACAAUUGGAGGAGCGAUGCUGCUUCCAUUUGCUCAUGGACCAUUGCUACAUUUGCCGUGGACCAAGAGGAAUUUCUGUCGCGGUCAAUCUGCACAGAGCGCACACAUCCAAGAUCUCAUUAAGGGUGCUGUUAUGGUUGUAUUUGGGUGUUUAAGCUGGUCAAGUUUCAUUAUUCUGCAAGCAAUGAUUCUAAAAUCAUACCCAGCUAAGCUUUCCCUUGCUGCUUUCAUGUGCAUCAUGGGCACCGUGGAAAGCACCAUACUAACCUUUGCAGUGGAACGAGCCAACACUGCGGUCUGGUCUGUAUACUUCGAUGUCAGACUUUUAGCUGCUGUUUAUGGUGGAAUACUCUCAGGACUAGCUUACUACAUUUUUGGAUUGUUAGUAAAGGAAAGGGGUCCGGUGUUUAUGAGUGCUUCAAAUCCUCUAAGCCUAGUUAUGGUUGCAAUUUUGGGGUCCUUCAUCUUCAAGGAGAAAUUCUAUCUAGGCAGGGCUAUAGGCGCCAUUGUGAUCAUUCUAGGCCUGUAUCUUGUUCUAUGGGGUAAGAGCAAGGAUCAAACUACAACAUCAAACGGUGGCAGUGGAACAACAUAUGACCAAAUAGCUAGCGCGGUAGGAAAUUUACAGGCUUCUAAUCAUGACUUGGUUGCCAGUAAUGUUAAUGCACCCAUGGAUGAACCUGUUUAAAGAACCUAGCUCAAGCUGUCUUCAGUUUUCCAUAGGACAAGCUCCAUUGAGCCUAAUACCCUCGCAUGAUUAUUAAGAUUUUUGCAACAACAAAUGUUAAAAUCAGUACAAAACAGAGAUGGACCAAUCUGUUUUUUAAAUAAGCAAAACUAAGCAGAAGUGUGGGAGCGUGUGUUGUCUCAGUAAACAAGCAUAUGGAACAAACUUGUAGAUUGAUCUAGAGCAGUCUGAACAAUCGUCCUGUGCUUUACACGAGCGAAAAUAAAACCACAAGCACUCGCAUGAUGAACGCAAAAAACCAGGGGACACUGCUUCCAUCAUGAGUUCACCCAAAGACCUUUGCUCUUUGCCUAUGUAAUGCUAUUCCUCAACCACGGAUUGUUAUUCUAUAUCACUUCAAUGAAAACGAACAACAAAACUGGACCUAAAAUUGACAGAUAUCCACUUUUUACUGGAAAAGCUAGAGGUCGAAACAAAAAUAUAGCUUAGUCUACAUAAAGUUUAGAUGAGUGCAAGAAUGAGUAAGAAUGUAUCCCAUGAUAUUUGCACAUGGCGGUUUUAUCUAAGUUAAGAAAAACAUUUGGAAC